AUGGAAAAGAUAUCAAGAAGACUUUCUCGCUGUCUAGACAUUAUUGGCUACCGUAUGGAUUUGAUUAGAUGUAGAAGGGAUAUGUACAGCGCUUUAGACCGGCAAUUAAAUAUGAAAUGGAAAGAAUAUACUCAACUUACUGCCGGGAGCAAAGCCGAAGGAAUAGCUAAAUAUUAUGAAAGUGAUGUGGAUCGUUUGUUUAUUUAUAAAAACGUCAACUGCUUUGAAAAUGGGAUUUCCAAUUCAAAUUCUGUUGUGUUUCACAUGGAUCAAGUCGGGUGUUCGCCUGGCUAUACAAGACUAAUAUUAAGCAAUUUGAGCAAAGGGAAACUUUCUUCUGAAGUAAGUAAUUGUCUAGUUUUUGACAACGGUCAUACAUAUAUCUCAAAUAAGUUUAAUGAAAGCUUUGUUGCGUUUUCUGAAUAUGGAAGGAAUGCACAUAAACUGGAUGUAAAUGGAUCACAUGCUGAGUUCGUACGAAACCAUGGGCCAUGCGCUUCAUUUAGAAGUGAAAAUCUAAAAUACGACUUCGUUGCUGGUUUUAAAUGUACGAGUGAAAAAUUGCUACAGAAAUGGAAACAAAGAAAACGAACUUGCAACUGGCCAGAUCCUAAAUUAGUAAAUGAAAUAUCGACUAUAAAUGGAACUGUUGUGCCGGUUGCAAAUGUAAACAGUAGAUUUCCAAAUACAGAAUGGCGGAUUUGCUUCACACAAGCAGAACUGUUGCUGGUUAAUUCCCUUGAUGAACAUCAAAUCAAAGUAUAUUUAUUGCUGAAACAGCUUUCGAAAGCAGUUCUUGAACCAAUAUGCCCGGCAGUUUCAUCAUAUAUAGUGAAAAAUGUUAUUUUAUGGCAAGCGGAAAACACUCCAAAGAAAUAUUUUGCUCCAAAUUGUCUUCUACUUAGGACAAUUGAAGCCCUUAAAUUCCUUCAGGACUGUUUGAAGUCUAAUUUGCUGCGGAGUUACAUGAUAGAAGACAGAAAUAUUUUCCAAGGAAGGAUUUAUGAAGGUCAGAGGAAACAACUCAUUGAUAAAAUUGAUCAACUUUUGAAUAAAGAUGAAGAAUUUAUUAACGAAUCAAAGAAAGCAUUUAGUGAAUAUGAAUAUUUUGAUACACCGACGUUCAUUAGAAAAGCUGAAAAGGAAGAACAAAUUGAAAAACUUCUUCUUAUGCAAUCUUUAGCUUAUUUGAAAGUGUACGACCGGUCUUACACACGUGAACAAUUUCUCCAUUGUCUGGGAGAAGAUCAAGAAUACUCAGAACUAAAAGCAGAAUUGUAUAGUCUAGUUGUACCAGAGAGACGCAAUGAACCAAUCCAUGAUAUUAACUUUCUUUUAUAUAGAAAACGAUUAUUUUGUAUUUUACAAAAGCAUUGA